UUGGUUUAAAUAUGGUAAAUUCAUUGAUAAUUCCUAUAAUUUCUUUAAAUGUGCGUAAAAAUUUAUUCCGAAAUUUCGAAAUUUCGAAAUCAUCAAAUCAUCAAAUCUUCAAUGAUAUUUCUUAAUAUUACGUGUAAUUAAUGUAGCAGAGAAUAGUGGACAAGGAGAGUACCAAUACGCGGUUUGAUAAUGAAAUGAAUCAUAUAACAGAUAAAUCGUUAUUUUCAAUUGUACAGUACGUGUAUACACUAUGCUAAAAAUAAAACAGGCUAGCGUUAAAAGAAAUUUCCAUUUACAUAAUAAAAAAUUAAUUACGAAUUUAGUAAAUUCAUAGUAAAAAAAACAAUUAACUGUUAAGAAAUAAAAUGUAUUAAUUUAAUAAAGAAAUAAACUUCCUGGUCAGGAAAUGAUAGCUUGUCACCCCUUUAUUUUUUACAAAGCCGUUACUCGCAGUGUUACUCUCGUAACUAGUCGUAAGUAUCAUUGUUAUUAGCUGUUAUUUGAGUUACUCAUAAGUUACUCGUAAGUACUGUUAGUCUGUAACUCGUAAGAUACUCAUAAGCAUAAGUAACUCGCAAGUACUGUUACUCGUAAGUUACUCGUAGUCUGCUACUCGUAAGAUACUCAUAAGUACUUUACUCGCAAGUACUGUUACUCGUAUGUACCGUUACUUGUAUGUACAAUGUACCGUUACUUAUGCAUAUUUCAUAGUGUUUUAUUUAAUAGGAAAUUUUUUUUUAAAAAAAACAUUAAAGUAUCUCGUAAUCCGUAAUGGUUUAAAAAGAAAUGUUGAUUUUAGGUAAAAUUAAAAUUUCGCGAUAUCAUAAGGGGGAUUUUCCGCAAUUCAAGAAAUUCAAGAUGGAAUUAGAUAAAAUUACUUUAAAAAUAUAUUUCAUUCAUUUAAAUAAAAGUAAAUACUGUCAAAUUGAAAUUCGAAUUUAUGUAAUCAAAAAAGGACAAGCGCUUUGAUCUACCGAUAUUCGAUUAAUGAUCUACAAUUGCAUUACGCAUAAUGACCUCAAACUAAUUUUAUGGGAAAAAAAAAAAGGAGGGAAAAAA